AUGCAGAUCAAGUCAUUUACUCUCGCCCUCUUCGCCGCUGCGAGCGUUUCGGCGCUCAAGAUCAACAAGCCUCGUCAGAGCCAGAAUGGUACGGCAGAUACCGGGGCGGCAGACUUCGGACAAUGCGAUCCUUCAAUCGACUUUCAGCUCGGCAGAGCAGGGCGCAAGGCCAACGAGGGUACCUUCCUGCCGGUUGACCCCCUCGUCGCUGAGGGGCAGCAGGACGCCUUGAACCCGAAUAUCAUCACGAACCGUGUUUGUGACCAGUUGACCAACGUCUGCGAAGCCAACGACGCUGCAAAGAGCUUGUGCGAGGACGCUAAGGCCCAGGUUGCUGCUCUGGGAACGAAGGACCAGACUACGGCGGAUGCCUUCAAUUCUGCUCUGGGUUUCUAA